CGAACUGUACCCUAAUGACUAUUAUCUCACUUAGGCCUUCGCACAUUGACUAUUUUGAGCAGUUGAAAUAGGCAAAGAUUGAAGCUUUAUCCAGUCGUUUCCAUGGCGAUGGAAGGAAGGCGGCAAAGGAGAUUUGGGCGGGGACAAAAACGAAACUUACUUCCCAUUCGCUAUACCAAUCUAUCCAACACCAUUUCCUGUUGGUACUGCGAUUUCAAGAUAUCACUACUGAAUCAACCUUUAUACAAUUUAGGGCAACGAUAUCCUAGAUUUCUCAAAGCUUGGUUCUCUGUUGGCGUUGGUUUCAGUCUAACCUGUGUAAUUGCAGUUACUAUGAUUCUUUUUCUAUGGGAAUAUCUCAAUUUUGUUCAUAUACUUGAUGAGAAUGGAAAUCCGAGCAAUUCUUUGUUUGGCAUCUCUCCGGUUUGGCGAAUCAGUAUUAAUGACUUUGGACAUGUGUGUUUGUCUACAAUCAUAUCUGUUUCAGCUCAUGAAUUUGGACAUGCUCUUGCGGCAGCAAGUGAGGGUAUAAAGAUGGAAUAUGUUGCAGUGUUUAUAGCAUUUCUAUGUCCUGGAGCUUUGGUGUCUUUCAAUUAUGAUGUGCUUGAAACAAUUCCACGGUUAACUGCUCUUCGCAUUUAUUGUGCUGGAAUCUGGCAUAAUGCAGUUUGUUGCCUCGUUUGUGGAUUGGCUUUACUCCUGCUACCCAUUCUUCUUCAUCCACUCUUCAUAUACGGUGAUGCCCCAAUGGUUUUAGAUGUGUCUCCUUCAUCCCAUUUUUCUGGAAUUUUGUAUCCGGGCGAUUUGAUUACUUCAUUGGAUGGUAUACGCAUCCAUACCGCUCAAGAAUGGAGUUCGGUUGCUGCAAAGUUACAUGAUCAAACUUUUCAAAGCUUCAAUGAAUCUCAUAAUUCUCAAUUUAUGAUUGCAAAUGGAAAUAAUAAGGGAUACUGCGUUUCCCGAUCUAUGAUACGACUAGAAGAAGAAAUCAAGGAUGUUCAAGUUUCUGCUGACCAAUUUACAUGUCCUCCCGACUUUGCAGCCUUCACUAAUAUUCCUUGUUUGACUGACAUCACUGAAGAGGAGGAUAACCGACAAAGAAAAAGAUCAUUGAUUUGCUUGGUGGCCGCUGAAGUUAUCAAUCUUAAGAAAUGUGGCGACGGUCGGAUGCAGCUGCCCUUUAGAAAUACAAGCCAUUGCCCAUGCUUAGAGGAAGAAUCUUGCUUGACUCCGGUCCAGAUUCCCGGGGUUUCAUGGAUCGAGGUCACAUAUUCGAGUCCUUAUCUGCCCGGAUGUUGGAAUUUGGAAAUGGGCAGCAGUUGUAAGGGGAGCUUUAUUGUCACUGGGGAUUUGAUCUCCAUUACCCCGUCGAUUAAACUAACUUCAUAUCAACCCCGUUUUCUGUUUUUCAAGUGGGCAAAUCGUUUACCAAAUUUUCUCGAAAAGUUUUUGUUAUGCACGUGUUAUGUCUCUGUUGCGCUAGCUCUUCUUAAUAGCCUCCCGGUAUAUUUUCUCGAUGGGGAAUACAUUCUCGAAUCGUCCAUAUGUUGCUUGAAUCGGCUUAGCCCGAGGAUGAGGCUCGGACUUCUUAGUUCGUGUUUGAUUGGUGGGACUGUUGCCUCCAUUGCGAUGCUAACAAAAUUAUUCUUUUAUGCGAUCUUGUAAGAGCACGAUGUGAGAACAAUCCCGAAAUUUUGUUUUCAAUGUGUUUAAAUACUUCCAAAGCAAUUUUAAAAAUGGAAUGGA